UGUUCUAUACUUUCACUUUAGUUCUGUGCUUUGGAGAAAGCAGACACACUUGUCUGUGUUAUUCCAGUUUAUAAACUACAAAAGGAGAAUUAAGCAAAAAUGAGGCUUCUUUUCUGCCUUGCCGCUCUGGUAGCUGUCACCUUUGCACAGGACGUCAAUCACACUCCUCCCAAGGUCAUGGUGUAUAGCCAUGGCCCAGCAGAGUUCGGGACAGUUAACACCCUGAUCUGCCAUGUGAGUGGCUUCCACCCCCCUGACAUCAUGAUCCAGCUGAUGAAAGAUGAUGAGGAAAUCCGCAACGCCGAGCAGACUGACCUGGCCUUCAAAAAGAACUGGCGCUUCCUUCUGACCAAGAGCGUGCCCUUCACUCCCAAGGAGGGAGAAAAGUACAGCUGCAAGGUCACUCAUGGUUCGACCACCAAACAAUAUGCCUGGGACCCUAAUAUGUAAAUGUCAGCGAAGGCCCAGAUUGAAAGAAAACCGGAUGGUUUGGCCCUGUCUACAGCAGCAUUUAUUCUUCACAUCUCCAAUCAGCUGAAUAACAGUUUUUUCGGACUUUCUCUUUUUUUUUGUCACAAAACAUAAAUAUCACAUCAAGGGGAAUUUCCACUUACUUUUGUAAUGUGAGAAAAGGCAUAUUUAUUCCUUUGUAAUUUAGGAGUGUGUUGCUUAGAUGUACACGUAUUUUCGAGCCUUUGCUACUCAGAUGUGCAAAAUAUUAAACUGGAGUGAUUUUGUUUGUGUACAAAUAAUGUUAAGCUGUAAUUAAACCUUUUUUUUCACCUAAAUGAGGCAUCAAAUACUAAUUGUUGAGAUACAUGAUAAAGGGGUGUGUUCUUUUCUAGACCAGAUAGAAGUGUGAAUUCAGUUUAUUCUUUUAUUUGAGGUCUCUUUGAAUGCCGUCUUCUAAAUAAAAGCCUCUUUAAACCCC